UAUUGGAUUUAUACCGAGAAUCUCUGACCUAGAAUAUUAUUGCAUAUUCUGGACUUGCAAAGAUAGAUGGAUGACCUAUGCUGACCGCAUUGAUGACGUUGCGAAAAUUUCCGGAAGAGCGUGAAGCGUUCUUUCCUCUGUGGUUGCAAGCUAUUGCAUACUGUAUGUAUGUGUAUAGUGUAUGUGGACAAAGAAAGAGCGUAGGAAACAGGAUUAGUUGUGUAAUCUAAAAUGUAUAUAAAAACUUAUAUGAUAGUUUGAUCUAUACAUUAUUUGGAUUGUGGAUUUUUUUCUUAAUAUUUAAAAUCCUGAUGAUAUGAGACAUGGCGUUGUGUUCGAACGAUGGUGUGAAACCGGCAUCGAAGAUUGACUUCGAUAAAUUUCGAAAAUUGGCCGACAAUAAUGAAGGCUGGGUGAAACAAUAUGGCAAACAAGGUGUUGAUGUAUUUACAAAGUCACAAGAAGGAACGGCUAUUAAAAUGGUCAAGAUUGCCACACAUUUUGAAGACAUAUCACUAGAUGUACUGUAUGACACCUUACAUGAUUCUGAAUAUCGACGAAUAUGGGAUAAUAUGAUGAUUGAAGAAUAUGGUCUAUGUCGGUUAGACCCAAAUUGUGAUGUGGGAUAUUAUGCAGUGAAGUGCCCCAGACCAUUACGAAAUCGUGACUUUGUCUUUCAACGUUACUGGACUAAGGAUAAUAAUAAUUUUAUGAUUUGCAACCAUUCUGUACAACAUAAGAACGCACCAAUCAGAAGAGAAUAUAUAAGAGCUUCAUCGUUAAUGUCAGGUUAUAUGGGAAAAACUAAUGGCAUAAGCGGAUGCCAUUUUAUUUACGUCACACAAAUGGACCCAAAAGGGUCAAUACCAAAAUGGAUGGUAAAUAAGGUAGCAACAAAAACAGCACCAAAGGUGAUUGCUAAUUUUGCUGAUGCUGCUAGAAACUACACAAAGUGGAAAUCAAAAAAUAAUCCAAAUUAUAAACCUUGGAUAAGAACUGAACAGAAUAAAUUACCUUUAGCGAAAUUGGAAGACUUUAAGUCAUCACCAAUGCUAGAUGAAAAUCUAUCACGGAAGUUAGACAGUGAGGCACAUGCUCUUGCUGCUCCUGAUAAUGACAAUUCAGACUAAUAUAAGUAACUAAACACUGACACUUAAUGUACAAGUUCUUUUUUCUACAUUUUUUGCUUAUUACCAAAUUUCAGGAUUUUAAAAAAGGUUAUAUUAUAAUAACAAUUAUCAAUUGUGGAAAAUAGCAUUGUAAAUUAGCCUGAAGAUGGAUGGUGAAAACUAUCCAAAAGUUUGCUAUUAUAAUAAUUAAAGUAUAACCUUUUUAAAAUCUAUUUAAAUUAACAAAUGUUAAUAUAAUGAUGAACACAUGCUUCUUAUCCUGAGCUUGCCAAUUCCACACAAACCCUUUAUAUUGAUAAUAUAGAAGCAAAAAAACAUCACACAUCGAAUGAGGAGUAGUUGUCUGCUCCUUCAUUACAGACAUUAGUUGUUAUGAUCUAUGGGCAAACAAAGUAACACUAUUCAAAUAUACCAAUUAGUCAAUUACAGGCCCUUGUUUGGAGUAGUGCUGGAAACAUAUUCUCCUCAUCAUACAUGUUUAAUAAUGCAAGGAAAUUAUCAUUUUGAAUAACAUGUUAAUACAUAAAUUAAUCGUUUUGUUUGUCCAUGAGAAGAUUCUGAGGAGGGUCCCUAACUGGUAACUUCUCUAGAUUCAAAUAUUUCUGGGCUUGCACGCCUAUGUAUAAGAGAUGACUGCGGAGGAGGCCUAUGCAUAUGAUCCGUUACCUCUUCGACCAGAGAGUUUUCACUUUGUGCGUGAAAUUGCACUAUACAGAAAAAUUAUUAGCUAAAAGCUAAUAAAGAACAAAUUAACUCGAUAUUUUAAAACUAGGCAAUG